GUAAAUGCAAUAAAAAGGCCCCGGUAAAUGGGAUGGAAACUCGUGUAACUGCAAAAAUGUGUAUGUGCACUACAUCAUCACGCAUAUACUUUUAUUCCAAACAAAAUAUACUUGAUGGAAACACAAUUGUGGUAGGAAUAUAGCAUUUUGUUUGUAUGCGCAUUUUGGCAUAUUCGCGUGACAAGACGUCACCAAUUGGAUGGAAAUGUAGCUCGUGACACGCGCUGCAUGUUGCUUGGUAACCAAAUGGCGUUUGCUCAAACAGCUGAAAUCCCGAACAUACAAACCCUGCGUUUAGGGCAUGUUUUGCAAAUAUAUGUAACGAAAACACAUGAUGACAUGGAUUAACUAACUUGUUAUCUAUAUCUUUCAAAGGUUCAAGCUUUAUGUUUUGAACAGACACAUUUAGGGCACAGGUCCAGUUCAUAAGCAUGGAGAAGAACAAUUACGCAAUAGAAAGUGCCCCUUCGUCCCCCCCAGUGGAGGAGAUGAUGGAGCAGGACGGCAGGCAGCAGAGAGUCUACCACAGGGCUGCCAGGAUGAUACAGAGGACAUGGAGGAGACAUGUGGAUACACGCGUGUUCCAGUACUUCAAGAACCUUGUGAGGUUCCGUAACCAGGGAGACCCUCGACUCCUGCUAAAAAAUGUCAACCCCAGAGAGGCAAAUAUUCUGGAUGCUGCUGCAGGAGUCCACAUCAGAUUCAGACUGGGAGGGACCUCCUUUCCACCGAGCAUCUACUAUAAGAUCUACACCCAUCGACCCAUCGUGGACAUGUGUGCUAACAGCCCCAAGGACUACACCCACCCGAGACAGAAGAGGUCCGUCCCCAGGCAGAUACACAACGGGAGGACCCAGGUGCAGGACGACCAUGCUGGCUGGUACCACCGCGUGGAGAACAACGGCUGGAGACUGCUCUCUGGGAAGGCUGCUCUGUUAGGUGACAUCAUCACGUUGGAGACCAAUGGCAAGAAGGUGGAGUUUCACCAUUCCAAACUGCAGCGUCGUCAGGACGUGGACAGGAGGAAGAAGAGGAGGAAGAUUGAAUGGUUGAAGCAGAUGUGA